AUGUCAUCAACAUCAAAGGACAACCUCGAUCCUGAGAGAUCCUCGCCCACGGCAGAAACACCACCACCAGCAGCUACAGAACCAACUGAGCCUUACAGUAUCUUUGAUAGUCGGCAAAGGGCAUUGAUUGUAGUAAUUGUCUCCACAGCUGCUACUUUCUCCGGAUUCGCAUCCAACAUUUACUUUCCCGCGCUACCAACCAUCGCUCAUGAUCUCAAUGUUUCCGUCGAGCUCGUCAAUCUCACUGUCACUUCCUAUCUCAUAUUUCAAGGAAUCGCCCCGAGUCUGUGGGGUCCCGUAUCCGAUGUGAAAGGACGUCGAGUCGCAUAUUGCUGCACGUUUCUUGUCUUCAUUGGGGCAUGCAUUGGCCUUGCAAACACAAGAAACUAUGCGAUAUUGAUUGUCCUUAGAUGCCUCCAGAGCACUGGUAGCGCGAGUACAAUUGCUAUUGGGUCUGGUGUAAUUGGAGAUGUCACUACUCGCGCGAAUCGUGGAAGUCUCAUGGGUAUAUUCCAAGCUGGCCUACUGGUUCCUGUUGCCAUUGGCCCUGUGAUUGGAGGUGCAAUUGCUGGAUCUCUAGGAUGGAGAGCCAUCUUCUGGUUUCUUACGGCCUACGGUGGUGGCUUUCUUCUUGUUCUGAUUUUGCUUCUCCCUGAAACACUACGAUCCAUCGUCGCGAAUGGCAGUCGAACACCCUCAUCUCUGAUAGGAAGAUAUCCUCUCAACAUGUAUCAGAAGUUUUCGAAGAUUGAAUGGAAUCCCGAAUCAUCAGCGGCAGCACCAGACGCAAAAAAGCGCAUCGACAUUAUUGGCCCGUUUCGCAUACUCAUCAGCAAACAUGCGACUCCUAUCAUCAUUUUCCUUGCGAUAUACUACGCCGUCUGGCAAAUGAGCAUCACAGCCAUGUCAACUCUCUUUGAAGAGAAAUACGGCUUGAAGGAGACACAGAUUGGAUUGACAUUUAUUGCAAACGGAGUGGGCUCUAUGAUUGGAACACUCAUCACUGGUAAAAUCCUCGACAUGGAUUACAAGAAGGUCAAAGCUGCCUACGAGGCCCAAGUGGCCCAAGGAGAUCUUGAAAACGGCAGUGGACCAACGCAUUCCAUCUCCAAAGACGAAGAUGAUUUUCCUAUUGAGAAGGCCCGACUCCGUUUGGUUCCCGUCUUCUCCAUCAUCCAGUGUUUAUCUAUCCUCCUGUUCGGCUGGACGAUUCAAUACCCCCAUCGCGUGCACAUUGCUGUCCCAAUCGUCUCUACUUUCAUCACGGGUUGGACUGCUGUGUCUACUCAAUCCAUUAUCAUGACAUAUCUUGUCGACAUCUUCUCGGACCGGAGUGCCGCUGCUAGUGCCAGUCUGAACCUUGCCAGAUGUCUUUUUGCUGCUGGCGGUACAAGUAUCGUCAUGCCAAUGGUGAAUGGCAUUGGCGUCGGACUGGCAUUCACAAUCUGCGUCAUUGUUCAGUUUGUUGCUCUAAUAGGCCCAGCCAUCCAGUGGAGAUUUGCCGCAGGUUGGAGAAAGCAGUCCAAAGCGCAAAAGAACUAA